UAUAAUUUUGAGAUUUUGGAUUGGGUAUUUUUUGUAGAGAGAAAUGUGGGAUCUAAAUGAAUCAGAAGAAGGUUGUUCUACUCCGAUAGAGUUUGAAUGCGAUGAUGAGAAAGGUAAACGGGUCGGAUCCGUUUCGAAUUCAAGUUCAUCGGCUGUAGCUGUUGAUGAUAUUUCUGAAGAGGAAUUAGAUGUAGAAAGAGGGAAGAAAAAGAGAGGUACUCCUCCAAGCAAAAUUUUCGGGUUCUCUAUGGUGGGUCCGGGUAACGGCGAUGAAGAACAGCCGGUGACCCGCCAGUUUUUUCCGGUUGAUGAGUCUGAAAUGGGUGGUGUUGCUGCUGCUGAAAACGGAUCCCCGAAUUUUCCCAGAGCUCACUGGGUUGGAGUUAAAUUUUACCAAACGGAGACACUUGGCAACACGGGAUUGGCGAAGCCUGUAGAUAUGGUUCAGCAGCAACAGCAACAACAGCAGCAGCCUAUUAAGAAGAGCCGCCGUGGACCAAGGUCUAGAAGCUCACAGUACCGUGGAGUUACCUUCUACCGGAGAACUGGCCGGUGGGAAUCUCAUAUAUGGGAUUGUGGAAAACAAGUUUAUCUAGGUGGAUUUGAUACUGCUCAUGCAGCAGCUCGGGCAUACGAUAGGGCAGCCAUCAAAUUCCGGGGAGUAGAAGCCGACAUAAACUUUAGCUUAGAGGAUUAUGAAUCCGAUUUAAAACAGAUGACAAGUUUAACAAAGGAAGAAUUUGUGCAUGUGCUCCGACGACAAAGCACUGGUUUUCCGAGGGGAAGCUCCAAGUAUAGAGGAGUGACUUUGCACAAAUGUGGUAGAUGGGAAGCUAGAAUGGGACAGUUCUUAGGCAAAAAGUACGUUUAUUUGGGGCUCUUUGAUACUGAGAUUGAAGCUGCCAGAGCUUAUGAUAAAGCUGCCAUCAAGUGUAAUGGCAAGGAUGCAGUUACAAACUUUGAUCCAAGCAUUUAUGAAAAUGAACUAAACUCAAUUGAAUCUUCCGAUAACGCGGCUGAUCACAAUCUGGAUUUAAGUUUGGGUGGUUCAAGCUCAAAGCAAGGAAGCCGAGAAUUGGGGGAUAAUAGAGGUCAAAAUUCUUCAUCAAUGCAAUUGGAUAUUGAUUGGCAGCGCCAUGGUUUAAGGCCUGAGAAGCAAUCUGCCUUAAUUGAUGCUCGAAGAAGAGAAAACGGGUACAAUGAAACAGAAACUUUGCAACUUUUAAGCCAGACGCACUUGCAUUCUCCAGUCUCCUUGAAGCAUAAUAAUAGUCAAGUGCAACGGUUUAGCCAAUUUAUGAGACCUGGUGAUCAAUCCCAUAUGAUUCAAAUGUUUCCACCGCAAUUCGGCUCAUCCAAUUAUCAAAUUCAAUUUCCAAGUAGCAGCAAUGGAGGCAGAAUUGGAGGUACAAAUGUAGGAGAUUUAUCGCUUGCGGCGACGAGCAAUGGUUCUUCACAGUGGCAAUCCAAUUUUCCUCCUCAGAUAUUUGCAGCUGCUGCAGCAUCAUCAGGAUUCCCUCAGCAGAUAGUAAGACCUCAAAAUUGGUCCUCAGAAAAUGGCUUCCAUCACUCACUCAUGAGACCGUCAUGACUUGCCAUAUUUCUACUUGUGUUUUUUUUAAUAUAAUUUGUAAAGAGUAAAGGGUUGAUAUUCUUAAUACUCCAUAUAUUACCUAAAACUCUUGGUUUGAACCCAGAAAAGAAAAAUUAGAAGAAAACAAAAGGGUAGACAAAAAGUUUUGGAAAAUAUGUCUACUCCUCAUUAGUUUGUCCAAUACUAACUGAUCGGCAAGCUUUUCAACUAGACUUGUAUUACUAGUUUAUUCUGACUAUGAACUGCCAAUUUGGCCCAUUCUCUCUCAUUGUAACUUGUAUACAUUUGGGCACUAGCUUCUCAUGCAGUAUUUGAAAUA